AUGGCGCAGCAGGGCGUCGCGAUGACGCAGAAGUCGCACUUUGCGCGAUCGACGCGGGCGUCGAUGCGAUCGGGCGCGCGCGCGACGCGCGGGGCGCGCGCGGUCGCGCCGCGCGCGGCGGGCGCGGAUGAUUUCACGCCGGAAAAGUUCAUGGCGAAGUACGACGAGAUUUCGUACAAGAUUCCGCCGCUGUUGACGGCGGCGGCGGUGCCCGUCGUGGGGUUGUCGCUGCUGUGCAAGACGCUCACGGGACACGGCUUGCCGGGGACGGCGCUCGGCUCGAUCGAGGGGAUCUCUUGGCUCGUGCUCCCGCUCGGGGCGAAGUCGUUCUGGCCGAAGGCGCAAGACAUCGCGCGAUUGAAGGAUAAGACGCCGGAGAACGUGCUUAAGAUUUUGCAGACGGAGGGACGCGCGUACGGCGGAUUCGGCGAAGAUAGCCGAGGAAAGAACGCGACGGAACGCCUUAAUUCGAUCGCGAGUGAGGUCGAUCCGAACUCGCCGCUCGGUCAGCAAAUGGCUGAUAUCGCUAGGCAAAAGGCUGAGCGCGAGAAGGAAACGCCCGAGCAACAGGCUGAACGGGAACGACUUCGCGCGGAACUCGCGGCGUCGGCGCUCGGCAUGGCGAACGCCAAGACGGCUGAAUUCGAAGCGGAGGCGGACACCAAGGGUAAAGACGGGUUGUUGGCGAAGCCGGUGACGGAAACGCUCAAGGACAGCAUGACUGUUGAAAACUACGACGUCGACGUGACGAAGUAUGACGACAAGGCGCUCGGAUCGAAGCUCAACUUGUCCUCCACGGAUAUCGAAAAGGGCGUGCCGAAGAACAACAAGGGCGAUGCCUGGCGCGAACAGUACCGCACGGAAGAAAACGCCGAAGGUGCGAAGGAAGAUUAA